CAAUGCUGAGUCAAGAACACACGGAUUACACCUACUGUUCCAACAGAUAUCAAAGAUCAUUUCUUUUUCAUUUGAUCAUUUUUCUCAGCUCACACAGUGAUAUGGAUUUUAACCAAACUUUUGAUAAUGACAAAAAGAAAACGAUGAAGCAAUCAAUGCUGCUUUGCUGCAAGGUCUACAUUUCCGAAUCAAGGAAUGAUGCGGCCCUCGAUCUGAUCGAGCGGGCAGCGAGGCGCGAUGGGGAGACCGUGAUCGUUAACAAGUUCAAGGACGACGACUACAACAGAGUGCGAUACAAUCUCGUGUCCUACGUUGUUCAUGACAGCUUAGGCUGUCCAAUCUACACUCCCCUGCAGCAGAGUGUUGUUGCCAUGGCUGAGGCUGCCUAUGAAGCCGUGAACCUCGAGACGCACAGCGGGGCCCACCCCCGGCUGGGUGUCGUGGAUGACAUUGUGUGCCACCCGUUGGCCCGAGCCUCGUUGGACGAAGCUGCCUGGCUUGCAAAGACCAUUGCCUCAGAUAUUGGAAGUAGAUUUCAAGUGCCAGUCUACCUAUACGGAGCAGCCCACCCGACAGGGAGGGCGCUGGAGGCCAUCAGACGUGAGCUCGGCUUCUACCGGCCCAACUUCAUGGGCAAUCAAUGGGCCGGCUGGGCGCAGCCGGAGAUUCUGCCAGAGAAACCCGACCUAGGGCCGGAAUCCGUCUCACGGGCUCGAGGUGUUGCGAUGGUCGGGGCGCGUCCUUGGGUUUCCACCUACAACGUGCCGAUCAUGUCCACGGACGUCUCUGCCACAAGACGGAUAGCUCUCAUGGUGAGUGCCCGGGGUGGAGGCCUUCCCACGGUGCAGACACUGGGACUCGUUCACGGGGAGGACUCGACUGAGAUAGCUUGUAUGCUGCUCGAACCGAACCAGAUUGGGGCUGACCGGGUUCAGAAACAGGUGGAGCUGCUGGCUGCAGGAUUAGGGCUUGAUGUGGAGAAGGGCUACUUCACAGAUGUUCCUCCAGAGAUAAUCAUUGAGAGAUACAUAAAAUCCAUUUCUAAUGAUUCUUCUCCUUGAAAUGGUUUUGUAUGUGCUGAUUCCUUUUGUCAGUGUAUCAAGCAAAAUUGAGAUGACAGAGCUGGAAUUUGAAUAAUGUAUGUAUGUUCUUGCUUUA